AUGCGUCUUGUCUCUUUAACUUACCCUCUUACCCUCGACGAAGAACCUCUACCACCGGCGAGUGCUCUUUCCCCACCGUUACACCACCAUAACACAACCUUAGCUCUUUUUUUACCCCCUGAAAUUACCAUCCCCUCCCUCCUUCUAGUCAACCCACUACUGGAAGAAGGAAGGACGAGGAAGCAACAACGCCAUCACCCCCUGCUGCCAUCUUCGACCCUCUGUUGCGACUACCUCCUCUCAUCUCCCAGCUUUGGAUCAUUGAUAGUUCGUGUUCUCGCGGUGUGUCCCAACUCAAAUCUUGCGCUUAUCUUACUCGAAAUCACGCUACAAAAACAACCACCAGGAUGGAUGGACCCUGCAAAUCAUGAGGAUCAUCACGAGGCUCCUAUGCAGUUGGUUGGGGACCCAUAUUUUCCUGAAGACGCCCCAGCUGACCCCGCCGAGGAUGAAGAUCCUUCAGAAGAGGAAGACCCUUCAGAGGAGGAAGACCCGUCAGAGGACGAGGAUGAUGAUGUUGCAGAGUCCGAUAAUGAGGGUAUAUUGGAGGAGGUACAAGAAGAGAUGAAUGAUGAUGGCCCGGUGGAGGGUGGGGAGAGCCUCAUAGAUGAGGAGCCUACCCCGACUCCACCUCACUCACCACCUAGACCGUGUUAUCAGCCACAUCACCGCCACGGCAAGAGUCCUGUAUUGAGGAGGACUCCUAGGAUGAGUGUUCCCGCAGUGUCCCAUCUAGACACCUUCUCCUACCUUUCCCGACCCAUCUGUGGUCAGAAAAGGAAACUGAGUUCCCUCUUUGAGCCCGCUUGGCUCACCGACAUUCUCCGCCAAAGGAGGAUUACUAACGAUCCUCCAUGUUUUGAGAGAGGUGAGUCUUCUCGAGGACCACCACGUGCACCAUUUGGGGGUGACCCUGAGGAUCAGGAUGACAGAUUAGUGGAACGAGUCGAAUCCCUAGAGGAACUUUUUAGAGCUUCAGGUAAUACCACAAGAGCGAUCGAGCGGCGAGUUGAGAGACUUGAGGAUGAGGAGAAAGAUGAUGCAAAAUCCAUUCAAACAAUCUAUCACAACAUGGGUGCCGGUCGAACUGAGGCAAAAACCAUGGGUGCCCAUAUCAGGGCCCUAGAGUAUCAGAUUCAUGUUAUGCAGAGCCGACUAGAUGCAACCGAGCACAGAGCGACCAUUGCAUCACAGGAGUGA